AGAGGAGGCGCGGAGAAAGUGGCACGAAGCUCCACGACGACGGAACGGAAGCGGAGGAACCACAGGGAGGGAGCGCGAGAUUAAAAAGCGACAGAAUCAGAGGUGAAGGGGAGAAAAAGGGAGGGAGGAGAGAAAAGAGCGGCCACUCAGGGACCAGAGGGAAACGAGGACGUGCAGCCAGAGGAGGCAGAAGGAGCGGAACGUGACCCAGGAGGCCUGAAAGCCCAGAAACAUGAACGCCCUCCUGCUGCUCGGCUGCUUCCUUCUGGCCGUAGGCUCCGCCCACAUGAUCCCCGAGGACAGACUGGCCACGAACAGGGUCACUGUCCCCAGCGCCGUGUGCCACAGCGCCGGCGCCGGACCCCCGCCGGUUCUGAUCGAAGAGAUCCACAAGUCAGAGAAGAAGAGCAAGAAAGCGAAGAAGACAAAGAAGAACAAGUUUGUGAAGAAGCGGCCUCCGCCUCCGCCCAACUGCGUCGCUCUGGGGGGAAACUGUAAGUCUCCGGGCAGAGUGUGCUGCGACUUCUGCGCCUUCUGCCAGUGUCGGCUCUUCAGAACUGUGUGCUUCUGCCGCAUGGGGAACCCGGGCUGCUGAGCGGCGCCGCGGAACCCGGGCCGCCGAGCGGCGCCGCGGAACCCGGGCCGCCGAGGCCGGCUCGGACCCGGCAGCGACGCCUCGCUUUCUAACUUCGCCUCAAAUCCAUUGCAUGAAAGCACUUUAAGAGAAGGAGACGCGACCCUCCGUGUUUCUAGCACUGCGUCGAACACUAUUUUUUCUACUUUUUGUUAAACCAGUCUUUGUCUUGCUUUUAUAAAUAAAGGUUUGCACAGCUUUAUUUUUUCACAGACGUACAUAAACGAGAGCAUUUUAUUACAAAUACCAGAUAUUCUAUGAAGCCUUUCAAGAAUAAAGCUCCUGUUUCAUACGACAAAUUUUUUUUUAUGCUUGGAAAGUCACAGAAUGUUUAGAUAUAAUAUUAAUAUAUUUAUUAUAUUAUAUACUUCAAAUGUUACUACAGCUGAAAAACAGGUGGUUUCUGAAACCUGUAUAUUUUUAUUACCAGACUUAAAAUGAA